UCCAAGAUGGCGGACGAGCAGCAGAGUCCAAGUGAAAAAGAUGGAAAAUUAAACCAAUUACCACUGUCUAAGAUCAAAACUAUUAUGAAAAGCUCCCCUGAUCUAGUUAAUGUCAGUCAGGAUUCAGUGUUUUUGAUAACCAAGGCUACGGAGCUUUUUGUUCACCAUUUAACAGAAGCUGCUCUUAAAAGAGGUGAAAACAAGAAACAAUUAACAUACAAGGCUCUGUCAAACUUAGUUGAUGAUGAGGAUAACUUGCAGUUUCUAGCAGAUAUUGUGCCACCUAAAGUCUUAUACAAGGAUUACCUAGCAUCACUCAAGAAGGAUAAAAGUGAAGCUAUUGAAGUAGAUAGCUCUAGUUCAGACUCAGAAUAAUAACAUGAAGUCAUACAAGAAAGAACAAGUAAAGGUCAGACAUAGCCUGUACAUAAUACUCUGUAAUUAUAUCAAGUGUUAAAGAAAAAAGUCAACGUAACAUACCUUCUGCCAUACUGUAUAUCAUUUUAAUGGAUUAUGUUGAUGUUAGGUAAUAUGCAUGGUACACUGUUAUGAAGUAACAUAUUUAUUUAUAGCAAAGGGAAGCAGAAAAAUAUUUGAAUUCAACAAACAUUGCAGCCAUGAAAACUAGCAAAAUACUGUAAACUUCACCAGUAAAACAAUUAUUUUCCAAUGGUUGCACACAACAAGGGCAAAAAGAAAGAACACAGAGAAAGAAUGAUAGAAGAAAAACAGUGCAUGUUUUAUAAUCUUGAUUUCCUUUAGCAAUCUUCACAAAGCCACUUCACGCAGAAUCUAGGAUGACUUUAUUAGAACUUGGGGCAUAUUUUACCACUGCCAGUCUUCCACAAACUAUCAUCAGAUUUACUCUGUCAACCUGCAAAUAUGUAAUCAGCAUUAAGCUCCUUUUUGGAUGCAAUAUUUCUGUAAUAAAAUUUUUAGUACUCCUUUUACCAAA